AUGUCGGUAUCCGCCGCCGUAGAAAGAACGCUGUUCAAAGACAAAAAUGGUGGUGCAACCCAUUUCUCAAUCAUCAAACACCGUUUCUUAAGCUUCUUAAUCUGGCAAGCACUUCAAUCCACUCUUUUACUUUUUCUCUCCAAAACCCUUUUCCUUUCCCCCUUUACUCGACCCUCUUGUACUCCCAAUUUCCUUUCCCUCUUCUAUUUCUUUUCCUUCCACUUCUCCCUCCUCCUCUUCGCAAUUUUCGUCUUCUUCCUCUGUUCCCCGAACCAACUUCCCUCCGCUUCUCCACUCGACCUCCUCCUCAGCUUGGCUAGGCUUCUUUUCCUUUCCAAGGGCUUGGCUGAGCCGGAACUUAGGAGAAAAAUUAAGCGCUGGCUUUUGCGGUUUCCGAUUAUUCAGCGUCCUCCUUUCUUCAGCUUCAAGAUAGGUCUUCCCUUAGCUGUUGGGCAAGCUUUAAAGUUUUCAGCUGCUGGUUACCUGAUAUCAGGCGUGCUAGCUUUUUUCCUACCUAAUGGAUAUACAAGUCAGGAUACAAUGGGAAAGUUCAUCAGCGAGCAGAUUAUCUUCUACAUUGGAAGCUUUGUAGUGAUUCUUUGUUGGGAAUUAAGCCAUCAUUUACAUCAGGUGAUACACACGAAGAGGUUCGUAUUUGCACCCCCAAAAGGCUCAGCAGCGGCAGAAACAAAUCCAAGUGAACUACUUCUUGAAACUCUUGAGGAGAGCACACCAAAAUCUCUUUUACAGUAUCUUGCUUAUCUUGAUCUAUGUAUGUUAUGUGAAAGUAAUGUUGAUACAUGGCGCCGAGCGGCAUUCUUUGAAGAGACCGGUGCUACUUAUAAAAGAGUUAUAGCUGUAUGCCUGAGGCCUCUGGAACAGCUAACUCUAAAACGAAAUGGAAGUCUAGAUAGUUCUUUAAUUGAGAACUCCUUCCAGCUGUCCAGCCAGUUACGUACACCAGCAAUGGGACCUGAAUAUUCUAAAGUCUGUGAAUCAUUUUACGACACCCAGCUAUGUGCCUGGUGUGCCCGGAUUGUUGCAUCAUUGACUGCCCGUUCACACAAGGAGGACAGAUUUGGGAUUGCUCAACUCUCUGGAAGUAAUGGCGCUGUUAUCUCCACCUUAUUAUCUUGUUUGCUGGCUGUUGAAACUCUCAUGGGGAAGAAGACCAACUUACAGUCCCCAAAUCAGCUGAUGGGUCCUGCUGGAAUUAGAUGGGCAACAAGAAGCACAGAGAGAGGAGACUCUACUGUAGGUGCCGCUGGAAAAAGAAGAGAGAGCCCUUUUUAUGCCAAUGCAUAUGCAAUCGCUGAUAUUUUGAGGACUUCGAUUUACUGCAUUGUGUCUGCCUUCCAUGAUGAGAUGCUCAACAGUUCUAAAGCAGGACAUCUUGAGAAGGAUUGGGUCAUUAGUAGUAAGCCUCUCUAUGGAACCCGUGAGCUCCUUUUACAGAAAUUGCGUCUUUUCUUGGAUUACCAAGCCUAG